CUUGCCCAUUAGCUUCGAAAUACUAGUGCGCCGGUUCUCCAAUAACUUCCUUCGUCUCCUUCCUCUCGCGCGCUCUGCGCGAGCGCACUUUCCAACAAGUCGUCACAAUGGCAGUUCAGACCACCGAUCGUCCCAGGAAACUCGCUGGGUACGAUUUCUACCACCAGAUCCUCGGUAGCCCAAAGCUCAUCGUUGCGCCGAUGGUAGAUCAAAGUGAGCUGGCCUGGAGAAUUCUAUCACGCCGAUACGGUGCCCAGCUUUGUUACACACCCAUGAUAAACGCAAAGAUGUUCUCUCCCCCUUCUGCACACGCAUAUCGUGCUCAGGCGUUCAAUACUUCUUGUCUCGAAGAAGGCUCAAAUGCACACGACCGCCCGCUCAUCGUUCAGUUCUGUGCAAAUAAUCCCUCACAGCUCCUCACGAGCGCACUCGCUGUACAAGAUCACUGUGAUGCCGUUGAUAUAAAUCUUGGGUGUCCUCAGGAUAUCGCAAAGAAGGGACACUAUGGGAGCUUUUUGAUGGAUGAGUGGGAUUUGAUUCAUGACUUGAUCAACGUACUUCAUGAAAACCUCUCCGUACCUGUCACCGCCAAAUUCCGAAUAUUUCCCUCCGUAGAAAAAACGGUGGCUUACGCCAAAAUGCUGGAAUCCGCAGGGGCCCAGAUCCUCACUUGCCACGGUCGCCUCCGCACACAACGCGGACAAAACACCGGGCUCGCAGACUGGGCGCACAUUAAAGCCGUGAAAGAGGCAGUUCGGGUGCCUGUGUUCGCAAACGGCAACAUUUUAUUUCAUGAAGAUGUAGAGAAGUGCCUGGAAGAGACCGGCGUGGAUGGGGUGAUGAGCGCUGAGGGGCAGUUGUAUAACCCUGCCUUAUUUGCUCCUGCAUCGCCUGAGAACCCAUCAUCGACCCUGACAGGUGCACACCCACCCCAUGCGGACCUUGCGCUUGACGCGGUCAAAGGUCAUUUGUUUAAAAUCAUGCAUCCUGCUCUGAGCAGGGAGACCGAUCUGAGGGAGAGAUUAGGACGGAUCAGAGGGUCGAAUGUCGUUGAGGAAUAUAUUGAGAUUGCGAAGGAGAUGAAGGAGCGCAUGGAGAGGGAUGCUGCAGAGGUGAUGAAGGGGGGACAGACGAUUGACGAUUUGAUCACGAUCGAGCCUACGACAGGGCUCAGAGUACUGCCGCAUUGGCUCUCCCAACCGUACUUCAGACCGCUCAAGUCUCCAACAGAGGCUUCGAAACGAGCAUCUUCACCGAUACCUACCGCUCACGAGGACGUGAAGCGGGCGAGGCUUUCUGGGCAAUCUGCCGUAGGCGAUAUAGACGCCUCUUUGUGAUUGCCAUCGACUGUGUCCUUCACCGUUCGUUCAUAUAAUAUAUCUCGUCCAUCCAUACAAUACGACAC